CGUUUACAGUACAGCCUUUGAAGAAGGCAGAGUAUGACAGAUGAGGCUGCUAUGCAUGCGAUGUUCAUCGUCUGCAAAUGAAAACACCUCUUUAUAUACAAGAGCUAUUUCAUCAUUAGAUGGGGAAGGAUAUUCCUGUGAACUGCCUUUAUUUCCAGCUGUGCUCAUUGAAUGAUUUAAAACCCUGCUUGGAUCUGUGCUAAACCCAUGGCAGAGCCAGACGUGGAUUAAACACCUUGACGGCCUGAUCAACAUCGAGUGUUUAACAGAAAAGUGCAUUGGCGAUACAAAAAGCCACAUUUUUAAGAACGAUGGAGACCUUGUCUCAGAACUCCAGGCUUGAGUGCCAAAUCUGUUUCAACUACUUCAGCCACCGGCGACGUCCCAAACUCCUCCACUGCCAGCAUACCUGCUGCUCCGUGUGUCUGAGCCAGAUGAGGCUCAGCCAGAGAGAGCUCCGCUGUCCUUGGUGUCGUUGCGUGACGCAGAUCCCCGUCGGCCUUUCGGUCUCCCAUCUUCCAGACGACCCGGAAGUACUUUCUAUUAUCAGUCUAUCUCACUCCUCGGAACACACUCCUAUCUUUAUACACUUACCCAACAGCGGAUGCUACCUGCUGCCCGUCCCUCUGGACACAGAUGGGGUAUUGCUGCCCGGACAACCGACGUGCCAUUUUGGCCCUAAAAGCUCUGGGGUCUUAAACGUCUCUGAUGGCGGGAGCCUCAUGCUGGGAGACGACACGGGUGAGGAAGGGAUGGAGGAGGAGGUUGCGGUUAAGACCACAGCAUGGACUGGGGUUUGCACUGUGUUACUUGUGGCGUUCAUUUUGAUUUUUCUGCUGGGUAUUGUGUUGCAUAACAUGUCUUGCGUGUCCAAACGCUUCACUAUUAUUUCCUGCGGAUGAGAACAGUUAAGCAAAUUCAGUUGUAAAGGACCAACCAAUAUGGCCUGAAAUCUCUUGUGUGAUUUCAAAUGUGAUCGUGAUUGUGUACAUCACAUACGUUGACUAUAUAUGGUAGAAGGGAAGGAAGUCAAGGGCUCAAUCUAUGCAAUUUGUGAUAUUUCAAAGACUAUGAAAGCCCUGCUUCAUUAACUUGUAGGGAAUUUGUUCAAUUAAUGUGCAGAAAUGUUGUUAAAGAAUUUAGCAGUAUUGACUCCAUGUAUUUGCAUGUCUUGUAUGUACCUGAGGGAAAUUAACUUGGUUUUUGAAACUACAGUAGAGUUGUGUGUUAUUGACAGUCUGUAGGGGUUGUGCAGUUUGUGGCUGAACAAUAAAAUGUAGAAAUGAAAUUAGAUGAUACUACAUAGCUGAACUGCCUAUAUUGCUGUAUGUAUUUGAUUGCUGUAUGUUUUAAGGUGUUUCAAUGUAGCAGGUUGUUUAAAAUGCCACAAAUCAAAUGUUUUUUUUAUAGUAACAAACUGUUCCUUUUUUUUUUUUUACUCAUGGGUUUUGACUUUGCCUUCAAUUAAAUGAGUUAAAACAUCAGUCUCGGAUUGAUUUGUGACAUGUAUACUUAAUACAAAGCAAAUCAAUACUAAUAUGAUACAAACCUUUUCGCGCAUUAACAAAAAGCUGCACAAAUACACUACCAUUCAUGUCUGGGGCCAGAUUUGUUUUUGUUUGCUUUUUUUAUUUUGAUUUAUUCAGCAAGACUACAUAAAAUUGGUCAUAUUUAAAAUGUAAGACUUAUACACUGAUACAAAAAAUAAUAAUAAUAAUAAUUCUGUGGAACUUGUGGAACAUACAGGUUUGGAACAAGGAUGAGUAAACAAUGACAGAGUUUACAUUUUUUGGCUGAAUUAUCCCUUAAAUGGAAGGUUAUCGCACACUUGUUUCCUUAAGAUUAUUAAUGAUGUUAUCAGAAACUUGUUUGACAGUAAAUUAAAUUAGAUUUCUCAUUAUUAAUAGUUUAUGUUUUUGCUUUAGGCUUGAAUCAAAACAUGGUUUUGAUUUAAUGUGUCUAAUACAUGUACGUCUAAGUAAUUUUCUGAAUACCACAUUUGUACAUUGAUAUCCAAAUGUGAGAUGAGCUCUGGCCCAGUGUGGCUUCCCCAUAUGCAUCAGAAACUGUCAACACCCAUCACAUUUGAUUGAUUGACAGUAUUUUUGCUUUUUUUUACAUAUUGUUUCUGAAAUGAUAUACCAGGGGCAUAAUGUCUGGAUAUCCAGGGUAUGCACAGGGACCUUUUAAUUAAAACAAGGGAAUGUAUUCGUAAUUUUGUGGAAUAAAUAAAUCAAUAGACUGCAUGUCAUGUACAGUGCUCUGUAAUUUCUUGUGUGCAUUUGUUACAGAGUGUUUUCAUGACACGUCAUCACUAAACAUAAACAAUCCCUGAUAACACGCCUACAUGUCAGAGACAUCUAUUUGACGUCUACAUUUACAUCUGCAAGAUGUAUUUUUUAGUGUUUGCUCAACUGCAAUACGUCUAUAGGACGUUUCCUAUCAGAUGUCUUUAAGAUGUUUGUAAUUUAGAAUGUAUGUAAAAUUGACAUCUUACGGACGUCUGUCAGAUGUUUGUACACACCAGAUGCUUUCCAGAUCAAGUGAUCUUUAACAGACAUCUUGUAGAUGUGCGUGUGCUUUGUGGGAUGCCACUGAACUGAAGGAACUUGCAUAUUUUGCUGAUUAUUGCUGCUGGAAAUGGUCAAUUAUUGUCAUGUUUUGGGCUGUACUAAUCGGUCAGACCGGGAGAAACAUUUGGAGUACUAUAGACUAUAGAGAAGAGUGCAAAAAACUGUCUAAGGGCGUCUGUGGUUGGCCAAACUGAACCAGGAUUUCCAGGGCAAGAAUCUCGACAACAUUUGUGUUCGUAACAUUUGUUAUCGUUUCUGGUCAGGUAGGUGAAACAUUAGGCUAGUAUCUUAAUCGAUACUGCAUGUACAUAUCUUUACCGCCUAUUAACUUUAGUUAGUCAAAAUAUUGCACCCCUUCCUACUUAUUAAGUCCUUCUCUAUACAUCUAGCUUUAGCAACACCUGCACUGUUUUAAUUAUCUUUCCUUCAUUUUAAUUCUCUUUUAUCAAAAGACGAAAGACAAUACUUUUUUGUGGCAUUUUUGCCUUUUAUUAGGAUAGGACAGAUCAGAACUGGCACGAAGUGAAGUGAGAGAGAGAUAUGGAGCGGGAUCGGGAAAGAUCAUCAAAUGCUUUUGUAUUAUAUUUUUAAGAUUCUGUAAACAUGCACUGAAGCCUUUGGAUGCUGCAUCACAUCUUGCUGGCUUUGAAUCGUGAGUUUUUAAGUAUUUAAACCAAGACAACAACAACACAAUAAUCAGUUUUAGCUCUGAGUUUAUUGCAUUUCAUUGAAUAUCAUUUAAUGGAUUUUUAACUUUUUGGUGAUUUAUUUUCCUCAUUACUUUGAAUAUGGAUUUGAUAUACUAUUAUGGUUUAUAGCAGGU